GAAUGUUGGUAGCUACCAUUGUAAGCAUGAAGGUUGAAAACAGGCAUUCCUGGAAAUACAACUUCAAUACGGUAACCAGUCAUUAAGGCCGUUUAAAAACGAAAUUUUUUGAUAAAUAGAAAGUCAUAAAACUGAUCACUUACCAUUUUAAUGCUUCAAUGCCAGCAAAGGUAGCUGUGUCUCCUACUGAAGCAAAAAGUUUGCUAGUCAUCAAAUUUGAUACUAAAUCUAUACAUUACGAAAAUUAUAAAAAGCUUCUACUAGACUUGGAAUGCGAAAAAACAUUCAUUGGGGUUUUAACUGAAGAAGAGGCGGAUACAUCUUUGACAGAUUUAACACCGGAUGAUACCCAAUUGUUCGAUAAAGCAAAGAAAGUAGUUACGAGAACUAAAGAAGUGACACAUGCUUUUUCUGAUCCUGUUCUUUCCAAUCAACUGCAUGCUCCACCUCCACAGCCUACGACGAUUCGCAAUGUUUACUUCGGUAACUACAAAGUGAAACCAUGGUAUACUUCUCCCUACCCUGAAGAAUAUAGUUGCUCAAGAAACCUAUACUUAUGCAAUGCUUGUCUCAAAUACAUGAACAGCGAUUAUGUUCUGCAACGGCACAGAAUGAAAUGUGCUUGGAGGCAUCCUCCUGGUGACGAGAUUUAUAGGGAUCAAAAUAUUUCAAUGUUCGAAGUAGACGGACAGCGACAACCUAUUUACUGUCAAAAUUUAUGUCUUUUGGCAAAAAUGUUUUUGCAAUCAAAAAUACUAUGUUACGAUGUUGAACCUUUUCUUUUUUACAUAAUGACUGAAUACGACGGGACUUCCUGUAAAAUUUUGGGCUAUUUCAGUAAGGAAAAAAGAUCAGCCUCAAAUUACAAUGUAUCUUGCAUUUUAACUUUACCGAUAUAUCAGCGAAGGGGUUACGGUGCUUUUCUAAUAGAUUUCAGUUACUUAUUGAGUAUGGCUGAACGGAAAUUGGGGUCUCCUGAAAAGCCACUCUCUGAUUUGGGUCUGCUUUCGUACCGUAGUUACUGGAAGAAGCGUGUUGCUGAAACUUUGUUGAGUAUGAGAUCUCCCGUCAGCAUCGAAAACAUAGCUCAAGCGACUUCCAUGGUUUGCGACGACGUUAUUUCAGCUUUGGAAGCUUUAUCUGUCUUAAAGUAUGAUAUGAAGAAGAAAAUUUACGUCCUCCACAUUGACAAAAUGAACCUAUAUCAUGUGUGUAAAAAAUGGGAUGAAAAGCAUCCUCAAAGGGUAAAACCCGCUUACUUACGAUGGACUCCCUAUAUCGGUGAAGCCAAGAUAUCGGAUUUGCUUUCAAAAGAGGAUAUCCUACUUCCUUUAAGUAAAUCGUCUUAGUGAAGGUCUAUGCUCACAUUACUAACACAAUAGUUAUUAACCUGAUAAUACUCCAUCAUUCUAGUUCAUAAACAUUCAUUAUUUGUGCUUUAUUUGCUGGUUACUGUUCAUAAUAUCGUUUAAUGCCUCUGAGAGUUCGAGUGAAAACAGAUUAAUAGUUGAACUUAGAGAAUCACAGCCCGUGACACAAUUGUCAAUGUUUUUCCUUAUCUUUUCCAUUCUACCCUCUUCGUCUAGUAGAUUUUGGACACUCUUCUUCAUUGAAGUGUUAAAUUCAGAUUCCAUAGAAUCAUAAUAAUCCUUGUAAGUCAUUUUGUUACUCCAGUUCAACUGAGACAUUUCCUGAGUCACAUUUUUUGGUAGGCUAUUUAUACUGAUUUUAGAGUGCACAUUGUAUGCUUCUUCAAUGAUGGAACCUCGUAAAGCGGGUGUCAAUACGUUCAAUGUAGGUAAAGCUUCGCUCGAGACUUGAUUGUUAGACAUGGUACCUAUCUUGGGACGCGCUGGAGUAGUGUAUUCUUGCGAUUCUAAAGGUAGAGAGCUUAAAGCCGACGAAUUAACAACAUUCGUAUCCGCAGCAGUUGAUAAACUUUGGCGAGACGGAUGUUUAGCCGGUAUUUGAAGCCCAGAAGAUGAAGAAAAAGAUAACUUGGGAAACGAAACUGGAGAAUUUCUCAAAGAACUUUUAGCUGAAAUAGAAGGAGGGCGGAUAGGUGAUGAACCUUCUUUAAGAGGCAGUUGCUGAGCUGAAGAACUGUAAGCUGGAUCUAGUGUUGAAUGAAAAGCAUCUUCAUUUAAUCCACUCGAAUCACUCAUAAAUAAGUUAGGCUCAUCAGAUAGUAAAACAUUGUGCUCCUUCGAACGACUAAUAUAUGAUUUUUCGUCCAACAAUGACAUUGGGUCUUGCGACAAUAAAUCUUUUGAUGAAGACGAGGGUGUAGUUUUUUUUUCAGGUUGAACAGCAUUCUUUUUUGGUUCAGAGGGGAAAUUUCUUUCUCUGCGGGCACCCUUUCGCAAAGGAGACUUCGGUGGAAAUAAUUGAACCUGUUCCUGAAUAAAAUUAUCUUUAUACGUAGGUUUUUUUGGAAAAUCUUUCUCAGAAGAAGUUUCAUUUUUUUGAGUAAAAGGAGACUCCGGAACGGAGGAGCUAGACUUACCAGACAUGGAACUGCUAAGGGGUUUUGCUUGAUGCUUCAGCUUCGAAUGAGACAUAAGUUUUCCAUCAGGAGUUUGAUCAUUCUUAUAACUUUUAUAAUUUGGAAAAGAGCCUGAGGUUUCUCCUUUAUCAUUUGAAGAAGGAAGAUCUGUUUCUAGGUUUGUAACAAUGGGUCCAUCAGAAAAAUUGCGCAAGUGACCAGCUUUAGAAGAUGAUGAGGGGCUAGGAGCCAUCAUGGCGUUUUCUGGUAGAGAAUUUCUGGUUCUGGGGAUACUCAAAGGCUUUGCUGCGUCCUCCGCAAAAGAAUUACGAUAAGCCCAAUCUACUUUUCGACCAUCGGGAGUCAGAACACUCAGAGGUUUACCCAUGUAAUGCAUGAACUGUUUUGCAAGUGAAAAUAUGAACUUGUUUCUCGCGAGCGUAUCAUUGCUUCUUAGAAGAUGGGGUUUAUUGAUUGUGAACGUGACAUCUCUGUCAUCAAUAACAGUGAUUCCCUGUAAUUCGAAAAGAGGCCAAGUUCUCACUACAGUCAUUCCUCCUUUGUCACUUGCCUUUAAGCGAUGAAUAUAGAAAACAUGGGUAUUUUCGUCAUAUGAAAGGACAAUAUAUCGAGGCUUCAUUCUGGACCCAACGACAUUGACACCACGCUCUUCUUCAACGCCAAGGUAGGAAAUAGCCUUUUCAGCUCCUACUUGCUUAUCCACAGAAUGGGAGAGGUUCACAGCUUGAAUAAUUUCUGCCGCUACAGGGUCCCCUGUAAGAUCGUCCAUUGUAAUAUUUGUACAGAUGAAUGAAUUAAUAAAUAAAAGGAAAAGGAAGAAAAUAAAAACAAAAGCCGGUAGAUGGAAUGAUGACCUUUAAAGUUGAGGUCAGUCUUGAUAAGAAUUAUAAUAAUAGAAGGAAUCCACUCAAACAACUGAGCAUAUGAGUCAAUGACUUACUUUUCAGUGCUACUAGUGAGCGUUUUUAUACCAAUAUAAAAAAAGCUUCCGAUAAUCGAAUAUGUUGCUCAAUUCAGAAAAUUGGUAAUCUUUGAAUGAAUUUGAGGGUCCUAAGUCAUAGAGAAGGCAAAGUAUAAAUUUGUCCUAGAAGCCUAAUGAUACAAUAAAUGAAGUGUAUGGCUGUCUAAAAUAUUUAAUAAAUAUUUUAAAAAACUUUCUUUAGCAUCUCUGGGCGUUUUUUCAUUGCAUUUAUUUAACGUAUAGUUCCGGUAGGAGCAGAAAGCGUAUAGGAAGAAAGAAUCAAAUUUUUCGUGUAUUCCUUUCAAUUGGAACAAUAUACGGGAAAAUGGAUGACAGAAUAAGAACAAUACCGUACUCCUAAGAUGCUAAGCAUCAUGAUAUUCACUAGUGCUUCAUGGAGCAAUUCUACCAAUAUACGAGUCCGAAAGGUGAUCACGAUUUCCCUUACGAGUUCAAUUCAGUGCUAUGCUACUGCGGACAAGGAGUAUUGUAGAAGCUUUUAGCUGGACUUGGAAGAUUUGUCUUUUGUUUGUUUAGUUCGAAACUAAAGAGAAAAAAGAAAUAACAAAACAAAACAGUAGAGCGAUAUACCUUAGUAAGUUCUCAAAUUCUAUUGACUUGCUUCAAUCAUUUUUCGAUUUAUCCACCUUUUACUUUGACAGAUUCAAUUUUUUUAGAAAGAAAACAACAACGUAUAGGAUC